AUGAAUUACAGUGGCGGAGUCCAGACAAUAAAGCUGCAACUUUCUCUAGUUACGGUCCUCAUUUUCUCCCUUCAAGGGAAAAACAGAGUGCAACAUGAAGAGUCCUUUGGGUAUCUGAAGAUCACAGAGACAAGUAAAGCAUACCUAUGUGUGCUAUUCGUCCAGUCUACGUACGCAGGCUUGGCCAUGCUCACCAAAACUGCCCUUACUAAGGGUAUGAGCCCUUAUGCGUUUGUGGUUUACCGGCAAGUUUUCGCUACUCUUGCCCUAGCUCCGUUUGCUCUCUUCUUGGAAAGGAUCACUCUGCCCUUGAACAUGAUGGAACGAAUUAGCAUAAAGAAGUGGCAUGGAGUUGCGAAGGUUUUGGGUACAAUUGUGUGUCUUUCGGGGGCCAUGGUGGUUGUUUUCGUGAAGGGACCUUCGGUUUACCCUGAAGUUAGCCAGAGCAAAACCUCACAGUAUUUCAUAGAAAGAGGUGACAAAAUGCAGUGGAUAAAGGGUUGUUUCAUCAUGCUCUUGGCCAUGACACUUGCGUCUCUAUGGAUCACCAUGCAGGGUCCCAUGGUGAGGGCCUACCCUGCAAAACUAAGGCUAGCAGCUCUGCAGUGCUUCUUCACCUGUAUACAGUCAGUAGUCUGGGCUAUUGCCAUGGACAGGAAACCAUCAUCGUGGAAGCUUCACUGGGAUCUCUGUCUUCUUUCCGUAGCAUAUUGUUUGCUUGCUAUGGAAUUACAGGGCGUGGUGGCCAAUGGUGUGGCUUACUGGUUGAGGAUUUGGGUGAUAGAGAAGAAAGGCCCUGUUUUUGUUUCUUCCUUCGUUCCGUUAACAAUUGUCAUCACAACCACUCUCUCAGUGAUCUUGUGGAAGGAGGUCCUCCACUGGGGAAGUGUGGGCGGAGUUGUACUGCUGGUGGGAGGCCUCUACGGUGUUUUGUGGGGAAAGCAUAGAGAAGCAAAGACCAAAGCGAUUGAAAAUAAGUCAAAGGAAAAUAAAAUGGAAACCAUUCCCGAGUGCGAUACUGGAAAGACCACCAGUGACAUUGAAGCCGCAGCCAAUUCCUUUGCAGAGACGCGCCGUUCCCCAGAAUGA